GGCCCGAUGGAGGCCGAGCCCGGGGCCGUGGAGGUUCCCGCCGGGCGCGUGCUCAGUGCUCCGGAGCUGCUGGCCGCGCGCUCUCGGUCCCAGAAGCUGCCGCAGCGCUCGCAUGGCCCCAAGGACUUCCUGCCCGACGGCUCGGCCGCGCAGGCCCGGCGGCUGCAGCGGUGCCGCCAGGAGCUUUGGCAGCUGCUGGCCGAGGAGCGCGUGGAGCGCCUGGGCAGCCUGGUGGCCGCCGAGUGGAGGCCCGAGCACGGCUUCGUGGAGCUCAAGUCUCCUGCGGGCAAGUUCUGGCAGACCAUGGGCUUCUCGGAGCAGGGCCGGCAGCGGCUGCACCCCGAAGAGGCCUUGUACCUGCUGGAGUGUGGCUCCAUCCAACUCUUCCACCAAGACCUGCCUCUGUCCAUCCAGGAAGCCUACCAGCUGCUGCUGGACGGGGACUCCGUGACUUUCCUGCAGUACCAGGUUUUCAGCCACCUGAAGAGGCUGGGCUAUGUGGUCCGACGGUUCCAACCCAGCUGCAUCCUGUCCCCCUAUGAGCGGCAGCUGAACUUGGACAACAGUGACCUGUGCUCAGAGAACCAAAGUGGCAAGAGGAAGCGGAGGGGCUCCAGCUCCUGGUCUGUGACGAAGAAGCCCAAGGGCCCAGAACACCCCCUGAAAGGGACAGGUGGGACACCCACCCCCCCAGCCAUCGUUGGCCCAGCUUCCUGUACCCAGAACAGCCAAUGUCCAGAGGACACACCCCAGGAGCCAGGCCCCAUGGUGGGCCCCUUUCAGCUUCCAGGGGUGUCCCCAGACCCCUGGCCUGUCUGCCUGGAGAGUGGCCGAGCAGAAAACGGGCUGCGGGCGGCUAGUCGGCCGCGUUGGAACUUUGAGCAAAUCACCUUCCCCAACGUGGCCCCCGAAGAUCGCCACACGAGCCUGCCGGCCCCAGCCCCAGAGCUGCUUCCGGCCAACGUUCAGGGCCGUGCCAUUGACGCCGAGGCCUGGUGCCACCAGAUCAACCAGCGGCGGGAGAAGCCAUCUAAGCAGGGCCGGAAGCCAUCGCUGCAGGAAGGCGUGAACUCGCACCCCGAAGUGCUGAGCUGUUCCAACUGGCACGAGUUCAAGGAGCUGCUGCAGCGCUGGAGUCUGCAGGAGACCCCGGGCCGCCCUCCGCAUCUGUGGCACCAGCCUGUCACCCCCUUACUGAGCCCUGGCCAAUCUAACUCUCCAGCUGCAGCCCUCCAGCAGAUCUCCGUGCUACAAACCACACACCUCGCUGAUGACGGUGCCCGGCUGUUGGCAGAGACUGGGGGCUUGGAGAUCAGCUUCGAUGUCUACCAGGCCGACGCCGUGGCCACGUUCCGGAAGAAUAGCCCUGGCAAGCCCUAUGCCAGGAUGUGCGUCAGCGGAUUUGACGACCCUGUGCCCGACCUCCGCACCCUCAAACGCUUGUCCUACCAGAGCGGGGACGUCCCUCUGAUCUUCGCCCUGGUGGAUCACGGAGACAUCUCCUUCUUCAGCUUCAGGGACUUCACGCUGCCCAGAGACCUGGAUCAGUGACCAUCCCUCUCUGCAGGGUGGCGGGGUGGGAGGUUGACCCAGACCCACACACACGCCACUCAGGACCAACUCAGCCGCCUGCUACACCCAGACUGGGACACACGCACACACCCCACCAGCUGUGGGGCUCAAAUGCUCUUGGCAGCAGCGGGCAGCGCCUUGCCUCGCCUUGGCCUCCAAAGCAGCGCUUCCACGUCCACGUCCCGGCCCGAGACGCUGCCUUGCUUGUCACUAUCCGAUCCCCCCCCAGGGGCUGCAGAGAGGACACAGUGCCUUUACACGAGCGGGUGCCUGCUUCACGCCAUAAAGCCAAAGCCAUUAAAAAUUAAGAUUCUUUUCUCUACUGUG